AUGCUGAUGAACGUGUUGGAUAUUGUCGAGGUACGAGCGUUAAUAUUACCGGUAAGGAGAAGGCCCAAACGCAACUGGGCUCUGUACAGCACCCCACCUUUGGUUCGCUCGGGCUUCUUGACCGGGAUACCAGCCGAGGUGCGGGCCAUUGGGUGCCCUGGAAGCUUCGCCCAUACUCAACUGGCUGCGCGACUGCACGGGCUCGCAAACCGGCAGAGCCUGGUCGGUCGACAGCACCGUUCUGACCCGCCGGUGAAAGCCUGA